GGAGCCCCAGGUGCGUCACUUGGGCAGAAACUUUCCUGCAUUCCACCGUCAUUCCUUGCUGAGACAACGACCGGGCAGACGUACCCGCUUUCUGGAGGGCUGAGGGACAGGAACUGGGGGAGAGACUGAGCACUGAAGCCAAUUUGCCCUGUUUAGACGAUGGAAACGGGGAGCGCAGCAAGGACAAAUGGUACCACUGGGAAGCCAGAGGAUGUGAAGAGUCCAUCUGCCCCCAAAAAAGAAGAGGAAGCGAAGAAGACCACAAGCCCUAGUGGCGGAGAGAAGGAACCUCUGAAGGGCACUGGCAGUCCUUCUUUGGAGACAGGGCAAAUCAAGAGCUCCCUUUUCUCUGGGAGUGACUGGAAGAGGCCCAUCAUUCAGUUCGUGGAGUCAUCCGAUGAGAAGAGAUCGACCUACUUCAGCAUGGAUUCAGCAGAUUCAAAGAAGAUGCAAUAUGCCAGUGGACAGAUAGGAGACAUGAGGAGGCCACCCCUCUCCUUUGCAGAGAAAGGCGAUCUCAGGAAGUCCCUCUUCUCCUUGGAUUCCAAAAAGAGCUUCCUGCCUAGUGAAGGGGAAGGGAGGAAGUCAUUGUUCUCUGGGGGGCAGAUGGGGGACCUGAAGAAAACUCUCCCUUUGGUGGAGACAGGGGACCUGAGAAGAUCCACCUUCAACAAGCCUGACAGAGCGGCUGGGUCACGGCCCAGGGUGAAGCUCGAGGAUGUUCUGUGUGAUUCCUGCAUCGAUAACAAGCAAAAGGCUGUGAAGUCCUGCUUGGUGUGCCAGGCUUCCUUCUGCGAGCUGCACCUCAAGCCCCACCUGGAGGGAGCAGCUUUCCGGGACCACCAGCUCCUGGACCCCAUCAGGGACUUUGAAGCAAGAAAAUGCCCUGUGCAUGGGAAGACCAUGGAGCUGUUCUGUCAGACAGACCAGAUGUGCAUCUGCUACCUCUGCAUGUUCCAGGAGCACAAGAACCACAGCACAGUGACGGUGGAGAUCGAGAAAGCGGGAAAAGAGGCUGAGCUCUCGCUGCAGAAGGAGCAACUGCAGCUGAAGAUCAUUGAGGUAGAAGAUGAGAUGGAUAAGUGGCAGAAGGAGAGGGACCGUAUCAAGAACUACACCACCAAUGAGAAAGCCACAGUGGACCAGCAUUUCAAAGAGCUGAUCCGUGACCUGGAGAGGCAGAGGGAUGAAGUGAAGGCUGCCCUGGACCAGAGGGAAAAGAUUGCAUCAGAGAACGUGAAAGAAAUUGUGGACGAGCUGGAAGAGAGGGCAAAGCUUCUGCGGGAGGACAAGGAGAACAGGGAGCAGAUCCACCAGAUCAGUGACUCCGUGCUCUUCCUGCAGGAGUUUGGAGCUUUGAUGCGGAAUUAUGUCCCCCCUCCAUCUCUUCCAACAUACAGCGUGCUGCUUGAAGGGGAGAGCAUGAGCCCAUCCAUGGGACUCCUCAGAGAUGACCUCCUAAAUGUCUGCAUGAGGCAUGUGGAGAAGAUCUGCAAGGCUGACCUUGGCCGCAACUUCAUAGAGAGGAACCACAUAGAGAAUGGUGACCAUCGGUAUAUGAUGAACAACUACGAGUGGAACCAGCCCGACAACUUGAAGAGAUUUUCCAUGUUCCUGUCUCCCAAAGCCAGUUUCAACCCACGAUCAUGGGAAUUUUCCUCCUUCCAAGCGACUGAGGAAACACUUGUAGGCAAUGGUACUAAGCUGCCUUUUCAGUUCUCCUCGGUGGGACAGAAUCCGCCCGGUGACUUCAGCAAACAGUCUGAUGGGAGCCUCUUCACUAAGACCGCUUACCCUUCAAUAGUGAGACACCAGUCUGCAAAGGUGACGCCACAGACAUGGAAAUCCUCUAAGCAGUCUGUAUUGUCACAUUACCGCCCCUUUUACGUCAACAAAGGCAAUGGAGCUACUUCCAACGAGGCACCUUGAUUCCUGAAGAUUUAGGGAAGAGCUGGCAGCACUUGGAGUGAAGACUCAGCUGCGGAUUUUCAUGGAUGUACCUGCUACUGUAUUAACCUUACUGCUCUAAUCUCUGCCAGGGAGAGGGAAGGUGCAGAAGGGAAUAGCCUUUAUUACAGCAAACAAGGACUUUUUCCCAAAUCACCUAAUCACCUUGAAAGCUCCACAGGCCUUAACAACGUAACCCCAUCCUCUGCUGUCACCUCCUUAUUUCCUCUUUGUCAAUGCCCUUCCUUUUGCCUCUGCAGAGCGAGCUGCUCUGCUUCUCCUGGGAAGCAUGCAUGCUUGGGUAGCACACCCCCCCUCUGCUAUACCAGUUGCCCCCUUGUCCUGAGUGUGUUUAUAUGACCAUAGCUACUAAGUCCUGGUGAAAGGUCCCAAGCUGGGGGGGCCAAAAGUCUUCCUGGAAGGGAGAGGCCCCAGGCACUGGGAGCAGUGACAGGCUGAAGCUCUUCCCACGCUUCUCCACCCAGUCACCCAGGCCCUGCCUCGGACGGGGACACACAGCUCUCGUUAGGAUUAGGUCCAGUGCUGCCACCUCCCUGAGGUCCCUGCAGACUCCCACAGCCCAUGCUGGUGGCAGCUCGCUUCCUCAGGGCCCUUCAUGAGCCCAGCUCUGCUCCUGCUGGCUUUCACAAAACCAGCCAAGAGGACCCAUGCGGAGCUGCUACAGCCCAAGGCCAGCUACUGGUGGAGGGCAGAGAGGCUUUCCAUCCCAUUAAAGUACCCCUCCAGCCACCUUUACAAAUUAAGAAAUAAAAAGAAAAUCCAUUCGACUAAUAUAAGAUUGAUUAGAUGCCAUAGGUAUUGGGUGCUUUUUUGUUUUCUAGUCUAUUUUUAAAUCCCCUAACCUAAAAUUGAUUUAUAUAUUGUGGUUCAGGUGUUUUUUUAUGCAAUGGGAAUUAGUACUAGAGCUUUUUGCCUGGGAUAAUAUUUUUUUAUUUGUCCCCUGGAUAGACGAAUUGUGUCAGCACCCAGCUUGCAAACCAGCCAGGGCUGGUUAACCUUUCCAUGAUCUCACCAAGAUUAUUUUCCUUGGACCAAACCAAGGGGUGAGGUCCAUGCUAUGCAAAAACCUCCCCAGGCCAGUCAAUGGGAGCAGAUGGCCCAUUGCAGGAUCAGAGCCCUUGAACAGUGAUAAAGCAGCUGCAGAAUGGAGAAUCGAGACCUGACAACUACUUUUCAUGGUUUACUCUGUUCAAGCGUUUUUUGGAAUGGCUUCCCCCCACUUUUCCUCCCCCCAAAUGCUUGCAACGCCUUGCUGAGAAAGGUCACGCCUAUUGCUCCCUGAAAAUUACUUUCUUGCUAAUUCCCGUGCAAAGAUACUCACUGCUUUUUCAUCUGACACCUCAGACAAACUUUCUGAGGCUGAAAGUUGGUUGCUCCAGAAUACUUGAAAUGGCACUUAUUUUAUAAUUAUUUUUUUUUCCCCUUAAUGACCAGAGGAGAAAGAGAUAACAUGGUAGGGAAGAAUGUGAAGAAAGGGAAACUUGGGAUAGAGUUGCUGGGAAAUGCACUGAGGGGUUUGAGUAUGUGUGUGAAAGGAUAAAAUAAGCUGCCCCCCCUCCCAAAUGUUUGUUUUGCCCCCAAGCAGGCGUCCAGUAGUCACUUGGGUCCCUUAUGUUCCAGUAAAAGCUUCCACCGCCUCCUUUCUAUUCUCCAAAGUGUGGGCACGAUCCCCCCUCCUCCUCCUCCAAAACUCAGAUAUUAAAAUUCCCCCCCCUCUCUCCUGCCCUAAAGAAGGCUGGUUUCAGCUGGGAUCUGCCCAGCCCCUUGCCCAGCACACAACUGACUGGCCAAGGAGGCGAGUGACCCCUUCCUCCCACUGCCCCCCCCUGCACCCCGACAGCCCCAGCCUGUUUGCUCCCCUUCCUCUCCUCCUCGCUGCAAGGGCCUCCCCCAGACCUCGCACGCAUCGCUCCCCGCUCCGGAGACAGGAACGGAGCUGCUCCCCAAUUUGCAUUAGCCUGGGAGGGGGCCUGGCAUCACCCCCUUCCAGCCCCCCCAGCCCUCUCAGCCCCACCGCAGGAGCGUGGGGUGGGGGCACAGCUCCGGCCCCCACUCUGCCUCCCAGCCCCGGGGAACUAGCGGUGCGGCUUCGAGGUGUAUUCUGCAUGAACUGUUUCUAUCGUGUUUGUCUUGAUCAGCAAAGCAAGAGGAAUUCCACCUCCUCAGACAGGACACGACUGCGCUGAUGUAAAUGAGGCCCUUCACGUGUGCAACACAUACUGCAGAAAUAAAGGAGAAAGCUCC